AAACAACUUCCGAAUAGGGUAAAAUCCAACAUGGCUUCCAAAGAUGAAAGCAUGGCUGUUUCUGAGAUCCCAAAACCAAAUAUAUCAAGUAUAAGGAACAAACAACUUAGAAAAGCAGCAUACAUGAAGUUGAAGAUUGAGAAGAGGAAGGAAAAAAUUAAAGAGAAGAAGAGAAAAAAGAAAGAAAAUGAAGCUUUAGGUGACAAGGCUCCACCAAAGCAGGUUCCUAAGACAAUCGAGAGUAUGAGAAUCCCUGAUGAGACUAUGGUGAAUGCCCAGGACGAAGAGGUGAUGAAAGAUGAAGCUCAAGAUGAGAUGUCCUCCUAUUUCAGAAGGGAAACUCUCCCCAAAAUACUCAUCACCACUAGUGAUAGACCCAGUUCUAGAACCAAUAAGUUUUGUAAAGAGCUAAAGAAGAGUUUUCCAAACUCAGAGAUUUACUACCGUCGCGGACUGGACCUGAAGAAGAUCAUCCCUCAAGCUCUGUCCAGAGACUUUACCGACAUUAUGGUAGUCAACGAGAACCAUCAACAGCCCAAUGGACUGAUUCUAACACAUCUACCUGACGGUCCAACAUCUCACUUUAAAAUGAGCAAUGUCAGGCUUGCACCAGAGAUUAAGAGGGUUGGAGAGAUGACAGGUCAUCAACCGGAGAUCAUUCUAAACAACUUCAACACCAGACUUGGACACAGUGUCGGACGCAUGUUUGCCUCCUUAUUUCCCCACGACCCUGAAUUCCAUGGCCGUAGAGUGAUCACAUUUCAUAACCAGCGAGACUUCAUCUUCUUCAGGCAUCACAGAUAUGUAUUUAGAAAUGAAAAGAGGGCUGGAUUGCAAGAACUAGGACCAAGAUUUACACUGAAAUUACGAUCGUUACAAAAAGGCACAUUUGACUCAAAAUAUGGAGAAUAUGAAUGGAUUCACAAGCGUCAUGAAAUGGACACAAGUAGAAGGAAGUUCUUCUUAUAGUGCAGAGAAGUCAGAGGUCACUCUGGUCUACUGUGUCUGAUACUACUGAUAAAAUCACUGUGCUGAAGUCAGAGGUCACUCUGGUCUACUGUGUUUGAUACUACUGAUAAAAUCACUGUGCCGAAGUCAGAGGUCUGACACUCUGGUCUACUGUGUCUUAUACUACUGAUAAAACCAAUGUGCUGAAGUCAGAGGUCACUCUGGUCUACUGUGUUGAUACUACUGAUAAAAUCACUGUGCUGAAGUCAGAGGUCACUCUGGUCUACUGUGUCUGAUACUACUGAUGAAGUCACUGUGCUGAAGUCAGAGGUCUGACACUCUGGUCUACUGUGUCUGAUACUACUGUCAAAAAUACUACUGAUCAAUGUGCUGAUCAUGAGCUUAAACCUGGAUCUCGGCCUUCUAUCGGAACCUGAACAUCAGCCGUCUACCUGAACCUCGGUCCUCUACCUGAACCUUGACCUCCAACCUGAACCUUGACGCCCCAACCUGAACCAUGACCUCUACCUGAACAUCGACCACCUGUCUGAACCUUGACCCCCAACCUGAACCUUGACCCCCCCCCUGAACCACGAUCUCUACCUGAACAUCGGACCUCAACCUAACUUCGGCCACCUACCUGAACCUCUAGUGCUGACACAAUUCUGGCUUCUAUCAGGAGAGGCUGCCUUUUGUAGUUGACUACUGUAUGUCUCACUCCGAUUACAUUUGGAUGUGAACAUUAACCUUCGAGGAUCAUAUAACAGAAGAGUUACCUGUUUAGGAUGUGGAUGUGUCGAUGGAUACUGACAUUCAGCAAUUCCCUGGAAAGAAUCAACACAAAGGCAGAUAUAUUGUAUACGUUUUAUUCCGUAUGCAUUGUGUUGGUAAAGAUAUUUGAAAAAGACAGUAAAUACUUGAUUCAUUAAAAGGUUUAUACAACAUAUUGAACUUUUUGUUGGUAACACGAGUGAUUUAUACUAGUAGAGUCUAUCAUAUGUAGGUAAGGGGGAGGGGGAAAUUAUCCAUUGUGGUGGUCAACUUCAGGUCUUAGUGGAUGGAGGUGUUAGUGAGGGUCGGCAACAAAAAUCUACACCAAAGAGUAGAAUUGACAACAAAGUGUUGGGCACUUUUUCUUCCUACUCUUACCCCGGUAUUUGGUACAUAUCAACAAAACCAUUGCGAAUGCAACAACAAGAAAAAUAUUAACCGAAAAUAUAUUUUGAAAGAUUAGUAAAAAUACAUACUUGAAAAUUCAAAGCACAUUAAUAGUAUCAAAGCUUCACCUAAAGGUUGUUGAAUAAUUGUUUAAUUCUGUUAGGUGAUGUUAUGGGAGUUCUACAUUGGGACAUGUGUAUCUUGCAUUAACAGAGGUGAGAAAAUUAAUGUUUCCUAGAAAGUAUGUAUUAAACUUCUCAGCCAGCUAGAGUUGAAUUUAGUCUGCGACAGGACCAGCAGUGAAACAUUCAGGUAUUUUUUGUUUAAUUGAUAAAACUGUAUGCGUAUUCACCAUUGAAUAUGACAAAUUCAUAUGAAUUGAUAGAUGAUCUGCUUAAUAACUGGUUUUGGCAUGGUAUUUGUGUGUGUCAUUUUGUAUUUGGGGAAUAGCAAUGUCACAAAACCAUUGAACUGUGUCCAUAUUUAAAUACAGUGCUGUAAGGAAAAGAUAUUCAAAUUUAAUUUAGUGUUAAAUAAUAUCUGGAAAGUAAUACAUGGUGAAGCAUUGGAAGAUAUGAAAUUUAUUAUAAACUUAACAUAAAGAUAUAUUUACUUCAAGUUAAUACAAAGGGAACAAAUACGUGUGGUAUAUCAGACUUUCCCCUGUCUGGUGACAUACUCAAAUAAUUCUUUUGAUCUGGAAACAAUUCUGAAUAGUGAAUUAUCUUAUUGAUAAUGUUAUUAGAUACUUAGCUUGUGAGGGAAACUAUGUCCUUAAUAUUGUAAAUUAAGUAAUAAAAAUACUGUA